UGGGAAUCCCGCCUACGAUUUCUGCCUGUCAUCAUUUGUCCCACAUAUUGUUGUAUUUAGCAACCCAUCAGUGCAUAUAUAUACCAGACGUCCUCCGGUCUAUCGUGCUCGUCCAGCUCCAUAACCACCGCCGGAUCAAGCAGUACCGGGCUACCGGCACGCACCAUGGGGAGCAGCAGCAAGGCCACCACUAGGACCGCGCGGCUGCUCUUGGCAGCAGUGCAAUGCCUCGCGCUGGCCUCUGGAGUGGCCGCGGCGAAGGCGCGGCCACGGCAGGGCGACUACCUCAACCGGCUGCGCGGGUCGCCGUCCGCGCGCCAGUCGUGGCAGGCCGAGGCGUCGCUGGCCGCCGUGUCGACGACGCCAGAUAGAGCGCCGCGGCACGCGGUUUCGUCCACGCCGCCGGCAGCAGUCGGGCACAAGGAGUCCGACCGCGUGGACCGGCUGCCGGGCCAGCCGGAUGGCGUGGACUUCGCGCAGUACGCCGGGUACGUGACGGUGGACGCGUCCGCCGGGCGCGCGCUGUUCUACUACCUCGCCGAGGCCGUCGGCAACGGGUCGGCGUCCAGGCCCCUCCUCCUCUGGCUCAACGGAGGCCCCGGGUGCUCGUCGCUGGGGUACGGAGCCAUGGAGGAGCUGGGCCCGUUCCGCGUGAUGAGCGACGGCAAGACGCUGUACCGCAACCCCUAUUCCUGGAACCACGCGGCAAACGUGCUGUUCCUGGAGAGCCCGGCCGGCGUGGGGUUCUCGUACUCGAACACGACGGCGGACUACAGCCGCAGCGGCGACAACACGACGGCGGAGGACGCGCUGGCGUUCCUGCUGAACUGGGUGGAGCGGUUCCCCGAGUACAAGGGCCGCGACUUCUACAUCGCAGGCGAGAGCUACGCCGGCCACUACGUCCCGCAGCUCGCCCACGCCAUCCUCCGCCACGCCGCCGGCAAGGCCUCCUCCCCGAUCAACUUCAAAGGCAUCAUGAUCGGGAACGCGGUGAUCAACGACUGGACGGACGCGAAGGGGAUGUACGACUUCUUCUGGACGCACGCGCUCAUCUCGGACGAGACGGCGGACGGCAUCAGCAAGAACUGCAACUUCACCGCCGGCGCGUCGGACUCCAACGCGCUCUGCGACGACGCCCAGGGGGAGGCCGACGAGAGCCUGCGGGACAUCGACAUCUACAACAUCUACGCGCCCAACUGCCAGUCCGACGGCCUCGUCACGCCGCCGAUCACCCCCUCGGUCGAGAACUUUGAUCCGUGCACGGAUUAUUACGUGGAGGCCUACCUCAACGACCCGGACGUGCAGAAGGCGCUCCACGCGAACGUCACCCGGCUUGACCACCCCUGGUCUGCCUGCAGUGUUGUCUUGAGACGCUGGAUCGACAGCGCCACAACAGUCUUGCCCAUCAUCCAGGAGCUGCUGAAGAACAACAUUAGAGUCUGGGUGUACAGUGGAGACAUUGAUGGGAGAGUGCCUGUCACUUCCACUAGAUAUUCUGUCAACCAGCUCCAGCUCCCAGUUGCUACUAAAUGGAGACCAUGGUUCAGCAGCACUCAGGGUGCUGGAGAGGUGGGCGGAUACGUUGUGAAAUACAAGGGCAACCUCAGCCUCGUAACCGUGAGAGGAGCAGGCCAUGAGGUCCCCAGCUACCAGCCACUGCGAGCGCUUGUGCUUGUUCAGAAUUUCCUUGCUGGCAAAAUGCUCCCUGAUUGCAAAAAAUGCGAACAGGUUUAGCAAAAGUACCAUAUUUAAAGUAUAAAUAGUACAUCGGCAGCAUCACAAGUUGUACCCAGUUCAUUCAGUAUGAGAGAUUAAAGCAGAAGCAAAUGAAGUUAGAAAAUAGAAACAUACGCACCUGGCAGAUCAUGUAACUGCAGGUCAGCAAAGGCAAUUAUAUAGUCAUAUAGAGAGAUAUGUACGACUGAAGACCAAAUCUAUCAAAUCUGAAGAAUGGAGCCCAGAAAGGCAUGCUGCAAAACUAGUGCUUCCAUGUGUUAACAGAUAUCGAUCAGGACAAUGAAAUUUAUGUGCUGGUAACUAAGACGGGUUAUACUA